GAUCUAGGUUGUUUUAUUGUUUAUAUAGGUUACCUAACAUUUAAUAGUGUGUACAUUAUUAUCGAUAGGAAAAAACGAUCAAAUGGUAGCAAAAUAAAACGAUUGGUUAAACAUUUUAUAAAAUUCAUCUUUUUCUGAUGGAUAUAUAGUAGGUGUAGGCCUACUAUAACAACAUGCCCCUGAAAACAUAUUCUACCUCACAAAAUUCUUGGCUUCCAGUCACCAGAAACAUGCCUUACACAUCCGCAUCUGUGCCUUAUAGAUCUCACAACAUGACAGGAAUUUAUCUUGGUUUGGAAUCAAAUAGCAGACCCCCAAGGUCAAAAUCAGCGAUACCACCACUAGCAAGAGGUAGAGGGAUAGCGCAGAGGGUCAGAACACCAGCAGAGGAUAGAAGAUAUAAACUUGUUGAACAUUUAAGAAUAAAAGAAGUAAAGACAGGAUUCACUGGAGGUAUUAAAAAGAACUGUAGAUCAGCCCUUGUAGGAAAUAGUCACCGGGAAAACCCACAAGAAGGUCAUACAGUACUUAACAGAAAAUGGGGCCCUGGAAAACUAAUUAACCCUGACAACAUUGAUGAUUUUAUCAGACCGAAUGCUCGUUGUUUCACAGCAGUGUCUAACAGUGGAGUAACCAGACUGGAACAAUUAAUUAGUCCUUCAUCCUUGGAUGUUCAAGAUCGGAGUCCUUAUACCAGGGAAGAUUUGUUCAGUUUGGCUGAAUUUUACAGAAAAAUUUGUAAAAACAAUGACGUGUCAUUGUCCAGUCUAUUACCUGGUCGACGACAUCAACAGGCUAGCGGACAAGAGAGUACAGGAUUUACUGUGAGGAGCUACAUAAAUCCUCACAAGGCAGAGAUUCUAGCCCAGUUUCAAGACAGAGGCAAACUUUGGCCCAACACUUUUCAAAAAUCUGGCCCAGCAGACUUCCGUGUGCGUGGUGACUCUCCGCGCAUCAAAAAGUCCAGGUCUUCCGGGACUAGAGUAACAGAAACUGUGGCAAGGGAUACAUAUGAACAUUUAGUGCUUCCGGAUAUUUCAGGGGAUUUGGUUGCAGGCUCGGCCACUGGAGGGUUGCAUUACAGAAUAGCUCCUUUUUCAGGCCGCUUGGAGUCUGGGGAGGAGUACAUGCUGAAUAGUUCAAAGGUCAUCGGAUCAUCUGACCAAUACCAAGGCUCAGGAGUGUCUGAUACAAAGCAGAGUCCGUCAGUCGUGCUUCCAUUGAGGACAGAGGAGGAAGGUGAGAAGGAGAGUGUAAGAGGAGAAGAAGAAAGGGAAGAGGAGGACCAGUUUGGUGAAGAUAAAGAAGAGGACACCAGUGAAACUAAAGGGAAGGACCAGUUCGGUGAAGAUAAAGAAGAGGGCCAGUUUAGUGAAGACAACAUGAACCAAGUGAUGCUAUCAGGUGAUGUAUUAAAUAGUGGUCUGGAAGUCCGUCCACGUGUCAAGUUGACCACAUCCAACAGUGGAGCAGACAUUAUGCUCGGACUGGAAACAGAUGAUGGGAAAAGCGCUGAGGUGGAAAUAGAUUCCCUUGAGACAGAUGACCUUCAGCCUGAAGACAUUCCAAAAGGCAGAGUUAGAAAAACAUCAAUAGUUGAGAAGUUAUCCAAAUCUAAAGAGUCAGAACUUAUUGCACUAUCACUUAUGGAAAGUGCUGGUCAGAGGCAGAGAGAGUUUGAAAAAUUAAUCAGUGAACACCAGGAGCUGGUUCAUGAGAUCAGCCGAACACCAAGUGCUGAAAAUAUUGUACAGAGUGAAGCUGGCAGAGACCCAUAACAUGACUCACAGUUUGGAAAUAUCCACAGACUUAUUCUUCUGUGCAUUGGACAAAGCAAAGUUUUGUUUGAAAACAACUUUCUGAAACAGAAACUAGUUUGGCAUUUUUUUGGUGCGCAGUUCAUAAAACUUUUCUAAUUUUGCCAAUAUUGAACUAUAGCAGAGGCCUACCUGCCUUAGUAGAAAUGUUUUACAAGUAUUUAGCAAAAUUUUCAUUUAGAUAAUCUUUUUGUUUUAUUUACUAAGCUAAUGCCCAGUAAAUCUAAAUUUUAACAUGAAUUGUUCCUUAAGUUUUUUAGGAAUGUAAACUCAAUCCAAACAUAAGUUUGUUUUUUUAGAAAAUACGAAAAACAUGCAUAUAGUUUUUUUAGUAUCACAAAUUCCAUAUUACCUAUAAAGAAUAAUUUUUCAAGAUUGUUGCAACCUUAAUUUAAUAAAUUGCAUGGUUCUUGCAUAAAGCUUUCAAUCAGAAACCAGGCAAUAAUCAUCUAUAAAUCUUCGUCAUCAAUAAUAUAGCAGAUGCAGUAACGUUAGUACAGCUUUAUGACUGAUAACCAACCUGCACCAUUUGUUUCAUUAUUUAUAUGUGACUAUUAAGAGAUGAACCACAUUGUGAAGCUGAACUAGAGUAGGCCUGUAGGCCAAUACAAAUAGUAAGACUGACCAUUUUCAUUGACAGUUACUGGCUUACUAAUCAAAAUAUGUGCAAAAUAGAAAUGUGUAAAUAUUUUUUAUUAUUAUAAACUUGUGUGUCUGUGUGCAUUAUUUUUUUUUUAUUUUCUGUGUGAAGUGGUACCUCUGGGUAUCUGAAAAUUAUUUACUUAGCAAAAUCCAAAAAUUAUAAUUUUAAAAUUUGGAUUCCUAUUGAUAAGCUAAAGAAAAAAUCAAACUGGAUCAACUACAAACCCUAAAAACACAAUGACAUGUGUAUUUUAAUGUAAUAAAAUGUUACUUAAGUGCAUAAGUGGCUUCAGGAUUUUAAUUGUGACCACUUUGAAACACUGCACACAUCCUUAAUCUUUGGAAUCGUAAGGCAUUGCCAUUAUUAUUAUGGUGAUAGAUUUGGACAGAUACGUUUUCUUGUUUUGGUUACAACUUCUAUAUUUAGGUUGAAGUUAUGUAGAUUAGAUGGCAAAUUAGUACAAACUUCUAUCUUGUACUGAUAAUUCUUAAACUGGUGGAAAAAUUAUCUUGGACAUAAGGCCAAUAACAUUGCAUGUUCAAGGGCUAUAAGUCUUUUCAAUAAAGGCAAGAGACCACUUGCCAUAUGUCCUUUUUGUAUUGUAUUAAGGCCCUUUCAAGAUGCAUUUGUUUUUAUAAUUGCUCAUGUGUAUGUACAUUGAAUGUAAUAAAAUCUGUACUUCAAUGCAUUGACAUCUGGGUGUGUCUACUAUUGAAAUAAUGUGUAAUUUUAGGAUGUCUGUACUACUCAUAUCUCCACUCCACACACAUCAGUAGGAACAAUCAGUCAAAUCUGUUUAGUCAACAAAUAAUUUAAAAAUGAGUUUGUGUUUAGUUCAUAUGUUCUAGUUUGACAGGUUGGACUCAAUAGCUGGCAAAUUCUUACUUUAAUGCACAAGCUAUCCAGAGCACAUACUGAAAUUGUAUUAUUUUAAUUGUGUAUUCAUUCAUAAUUAGUCACUUCUGUAUGCUACUUGUAUCAAUAGUUAACUUUAGCUGCAUAAUUUUUGUUAAUUUUAUCUAAAACUGAAGUGUCUACUAAACAAUUAUUUCUUUUACACAGAAUAAGUUUCUCGACAUUUU